AUGCAGAUCCUGACGCUCAACAACUACGGCACUAUCCAUAUCGAGAAGUCUGACAUCGGACAAGUCAACACAACUAAGGUGGGGAUGGUCAAGAAGAAAGAAAAGAGUGACUCGAGUCACUCGAGUUCUGAAAACACUCGUCCUGAAGUCAAAGUGGCUCAAACGCCAGAGAUCAAAGAGGGUGUCUUGUUCUGCUCAGAUGUUCAACCACAUCACGCGACAUCGACUUCUGAUCAAAAGUCCAUGAAAAGUUGUGACGAAUUGAUGUUACAAAAAGUCAGAAGACAAGGCGCAUAUACUCCAACUAAAAAGACUCGAGAUACAACUGAUAUGAGCUUGUCAAGUGUAGCCGCGUUACUUCAUUCAUCGACUGUCAACCCAUCACCAAACCCUGAGGUCUACAUGAACCCAGUGGAAAAGUCUGGACUUGGAAAGUACGAACAAAUAUUAAAGAGUUGGACAUCAGCGAGUCGACUCCAUUUGGUCUACGACUCGUCGCAACAAUUUUUCGACUCAAAAGGUUUUAAUGAGAAAGUGUGUGGAAGGAAAAAUUUAUUAAUUGUUGCUGUUUCUGGGAAAUCAAUCUUCGGCUCGUGGCAUUCGAAACAAGUCCCGAAGGAAAAGAAGGACAGCUUUGUGUACAUCAAAGACGACGAAAAUCACUUUGUCUUCACAUUGAAAAACGAGUUCAAUAUCCCACCUACUAGAUUCUUCCCAAAUGAAGUGGGCAAGCACACAAAGUCCCUCUGUUUGUCUGGUUCGAAGAAUACAACGUGCAUCGUCGGAGUAUACUCGGCGUUCUUCAUCGAAACCGUCGACGACGGGUCAACUGUUGAUUGGAGCUUUAAUACAAACUACAAAGACCCAACUGAGAAAGGCCACUUGAUCUUCACUGGAAAGGAGUCAUUUACCACCGACAGACUUCUUGCCUUCUCUGUAUAA